AUGGCACAAAUUCACCCCAUGUCACCCUCUGAACAAUUCUCCCGACACAGCGUAGUACCUCCACCCCGUGUGUUCACUGAAUCUGGCUGGAUUGAGGGCUACAAAGUGGGCAAGGUGAAUUGUUUUCUCGGUAUCCCAUAUGCACGUCCACCGGUCAAGGACUUCAGAUGGCGCAAACCGUCCCCAAUGUACGAGUGGAGGGAGAUCCUCCAUUGCAAGGAUUUCAGACCCAGAUGCCCGUCCCUAAGCGCACCUUUUUACGAGACCCGAGAGCGCUACGCUUGCGAAGAUUGUCUGUACAUGAACAUCUGGGCAGCUCCAGGAAAGGGCAAUCCAGUCAUUGUUUUCAUUCACGCAGGCAGUUUCAUCUGCGGAUCCGGAUCGGACAAGGCAUGUGACGGUGGCCGAAUGGCAUAUCUGGGGGCCACUGUUGUGACGUUCAAUUAUCGAGUGGGUGCAUUCGGCUUUGUCGCGCAUCCUGAACUCGGAGCGAACUUUGGGUUGCUGGAUCAACAGGCUGCUCUUGCUUGGGUACGCCGCAACAUUCACCGAUUCGGAGGCGACGAAAACAACGUCACGCUCUGCGGUGCAUCGUCCGGAGCUGUAUCGGCGCGUUGGCUCAUGUCGACGCCAGCAGCAUCUUGGAAUUUCGAUCGUGUGAUCCUUCAGAGUGGUGGCUUUGAUCCAACGCUCAGCACAUAUCCAUGUCUGUCUUACGAUCAGGCCACGAGGUUGACUGGUUCCUUGUUCGACAAGCUGGGCACCCACGACACCGAGGAGCUGCGCCUUAUACCCAUGAAGACAGUCAAGGAGGCCUCAAGUUUAUUGUUCUCAGAGCACUGUCGCAACUCGAUACUUCAAAUCCCGCAAACCUUCGUAUGGGCUCCGGUCAUCGACGGCGCUACUUUCUUCGACAUAUCGCUUGAGCACUGUCCGUUGCAUGUACCCCUCAUGCUGGGCUGCAACACAUAUGACGCACAAUACUCGAUUAUGCCAGGACAAGGUCCACCGAAAGACAUGUUGGCGAGGUGGGCAGAACGCUACUGUGGAGCUUCCUCGCAACGGGUCAUCGACUGCUUGGAAAAGUACGAAGGAGACGACUCCGAUCGUGCGGAGCGAUUUGCCACCGCACUAUAUUUCUUGGAACCGUGUUUUGCGACUGCAUUUAGAUAUCACGAUGGCGGCCGACGCAGAGUCUACCUCUAUCAAUUCAACGCUGGCCGCUCGAAAUUUGAUGGGACACGUGAGAACGCAUGGCAUACUGUGGAGAUUCCUUUCGUUUUCGGUAACCUGCCGCGCUUCAAGGAUACGUAUCUCUUCGGAGAUCAAGAUGGUCGAGCUUCAGAGCAGAUGCUGCAGGCAUGGAUGGCAUUUGCACGUUCGGGCGAGCCUCGAUGCGAGCUUGUUCGCCGCUGGGCACCUUUCCCCAACUCGACAGCAUUGUUUGGGAACAGAGUCGACAAGGCCGAUUUGAAAGUGAUCACCGAGUUACUUAACAUCAUGUUGAAGGAACGUGGCGAUCAAUUGUUUGGUAGAUUGGAAUUUAGCGACUUGGGCAUGUACGAGCCGUCUGAUGACGAGCACAGCUCACAGGACGGCGAGCCCGACGAGAUGGAGGGAGUCGAGUGA